AUGUUGGAGUCAUCUGCUCUAGGGUCCAUCAGGCUGGUGGGUUCUGGGGGAGACUGUGCAGGGAGGCUGGAGGUUUUUCACAAUGGCUCAUGGGGGACAGUGUGUGAUGACUCCUGGGAUAUUAAAGAUGCUCAUGUGGUGUGCAGACAGCUGCAGUGUGGAGUGGCCCUCAGUAACCAGCAGGUACCAGCCUGGUUUGGUCCUGGUUCUGGACACAUAUGGCUGGAUGAGGUGGAGUGUGAGGGGAAUGAGACGUCCCUGUGGAGUUGUUCUUCUCCAGGCUGGGGAAAACAUGACUGUCAACACAAGGAGGAUGUAGGAGUCGUGUGCUCAGGAAACGUGAGGCUGGUGAAUGGUAAUAAUUCUUGUGCUGGUAGGGUGGAGGUUUAUUAUAAAGGAGAAUGGGGAACCGUGUGUGAUGAUUUUUGGGCUUUGACAAACACUGCAGUGGUGUGUAGAGAGCUGGGCUGUGACGAAAAUUCAAACACAAUGCGUUCUGCUCACUUUGGACCAGGAUCAGGAAAAAUCUGGAUGGAUGAUGUGAUAUGUAGUGGAUCUGAGUCCUCAAUAUUCCGUUGCUUAAAAAACAAAAUGGGUGACCAUAACUGUGGACAUAGGGAAGAUGUUGGUAUUAUCUGCUCAGGCAUCAGGCUUGUUGGAGGUUCUCGCUGCUCUGGGAGGUUAGAGGUGCCUCAUGGGAACACAUGGUACACAGUGUGUGCCACUGACUUUGACCAGAAGGAUGCAGAGGUUGUGUGUAGAGAGCUGGACUGUGGGGCUCCUGUACAGGUGCUGGGAGCAGCUGCUUUUGACAAAGGAGACACUCAGAUGUGGACACAAGAGAUUCAGUGCAGAGGAAAUGAGUAUCAGUUUGCUCUUUGUCCAGCUUCACCUUCACAAUUUUGUUCCCAUGAGAACGGUGUGAGUGUAGUAUGUGCUGAAACAGUGAGAUUGGUAGGUGCUAACAGUCGCUGUGCUGGUCGAGUGGAGGUUCUUCAUAAUGGUCAGUGGGGAACAGUGCGUGAUCUUGGCUGGGAUUUGCCUGAUGCUGCAGUGGUGUGUAAAGAACUUGGCUGUGGAGAGGCUUUAGAAGCACCAAAGGGUGCUCACUUUGGUGAAGGAUCAGGAAGAGUCUGGAUUUCUGAUUUACAGUGUACUGGAUCAGAGUUGACGCUGACAAACUGUAGAUUCAAUGGAUGGGAAAUAAAAGCUAAUCAUACUGAAGAUGCUGGAGUCAUCUGCUCUGGUUACACUGAUCUCAGAAUAGUAAAUGGUCCUGACAUCUGUUCUGGUCGAAUCGAACGUCAGUACUCCAGUAAAUGGGGCACACUGGUGGGUUCUGGGGGAGACUGUGCAGGGAGGCUGGAGGUUUUUCACAGCAGCUCGUGGGGGACAGUGUGUGAUGACUCCUGGGAUAUUAAAGAUGCUCAUGUGGUGUGCAGACAGCUGCAGUGUGGAGUGGCCCUCAGUAACCAGCCGGUACCAGCCUGGUUUGGUCCUGGUUCUGGACACAUAUGGCUGGAUGAGGUGGAGUGUGAGGGGAAUGAGACGUCCCUGUGGAGCUGCUCUUCUCCAGGCUGGGGAAAACAUGACUGUCAACACAAGGAGGAUGUAGGAGUCGUGUGCUCAGAGUUUAAAGAGAUCAGGUUAACUGAGGGCUGUGAAGGGAAUCUGGAGGUUUUCUACAAUGGAUCCUGGGGUAAUGUGUGCUGGAACCAGAUGGACAGAGACACAGCGAGUCUGAUCUGUCAAGAGCUGAACUGUGGAAGAUCUGGUGUUUUGUCUGAAUCUGCAGCAAGAGUGGAAUCAGCUCCUAACUGGCUGGAUAAAGUUACAUGUCGACCAUAUGAUUUAACUUUAUGGCAAUGUCCAUCUUCACCCUGGGGACAGAAUGACUGUGGUGAAGAUGAAGUGGCCAAAAUCACCUGUUCAGAGGAGGAGACUAGUGAUUCGCCUCAGAGUCGUCAGACAUGUUUUACCUCACCGUCUCCUUACCAGAGACAGUGUGCAAAAAAUAAUCAGUUUUAA